AUGCCACCGAAACCAGUCUCGCAAACCAGUCUCGCAAACCCAUACUUACAACCAGACAGCAAAUGGGGUUUCUUCAUCGUCCGCACAGCCUAUGGUCCUUCCAAUGAUGAGCUAUGGGCACAGUUCCUCGAAAUCCUUCGUACCAGAGUCGAAUAUAGCUUACAAGUGGAUGAUGAACUAGACCUGCUCCCGCACCACGAGAUUACAAUUAUUGAAGACGGAGCAACACUUUGUAGCGCAGAUUCGUACACCGCACGCCGCGCAUUUCGUGCGUGGGUAGCCAAUGACUUACUCCAACAGCUUCGCGGCGAGUGCCUGGAGGAACUGGGCGGACUCGCGCAGGUUCGUGAAAAAUUACUCGGCAAUGACGCACAAAAUGUGCCCGACACAACGCAUCCUGCAAGUCUUGUGCCGCCUCGAUGGAAGUACUGCAUCUUCGUGGAUGAAGACUGCUUGCACUCGGUAGAGAAAUGGCCUGAAGAACCUGAGGCAAGAGACCCAGCGAUGAAGAUUCUUACUACGGACUGGGAGCUAGAAGAAGAAGUAGACGUCCCUCACAUGCAUAUUAGUAGGGAUUGGGAGGGCGGCGAGACGGAUGAUGUUUCUGAAGAGGUUGGGUGGAUGUACAUGGAAACAACAGAGUAUGUUGACAUGUACGAUCGUUUGACUGGUGCGUUCGCUUGGCAUGAGCAUUACCAGCGGCCGCACAGAAACUGGAUCGAGAAUUCUAGUCAAUAUAUUGAGUGGGGUCGAUGA